AAACGUCAAAAUGCUUUUGGUUCACAUGGUGGUACGAUGUACAGUUUGAUAGAUCGUGCAAAUUUUUCCUAUCUUAUUUAGGAUCUAGGGAUUAAUGUAGUGAAAAGUGUAGUGUUUAUAUAUUAUUUUGUUAAAUGUCGUGACAGUGACUAAAAAUGCAGUUUUACAAGGAAAGGAUUCUCAACGCUGCCCAGUUAAAAAGACUCAGUGAACACAAAUAUUCGUGUACUAGUGCUAGUAUAUUAGACGCUUGGCUUCAGCCCUGGUGGUGCUGGUUGGUCUCGAAGACGCCGUUAUGGCUAGCUCCGAAUCUCAUUACCAUUUUAGGUUUAAUAGUCAAUAUAGUCACCACACUUAUUUUGAUUUGGUAUAGUCCAGAUGCCAGGCAAGAACCACCAAGAUGGGCGUGCGCCCUCUGCGCGCUCGGAGUCUUCAUAUAUCAGAGCUUGGAUGCCAUAGAUGGCAAGCAGGCAAGGCGUACUGGUAGUCAGUCGCCCUUGGGUGAGCUGUUCGACCAUGGCUGUGACAGUAUAUCAACUGUCUUCAUAGCCCUUGGUGCGUGUAUAGCUGUGAAGCUGGGAGAAUAUCCUACUUGGAUGUUUUUUCAGUGUUUCUGUGCAAUGACGUUGUUCUAUUGCGCUCACUGGCAGGCGUAUGUAACGGGUACCCUUAAAAUGGGACGUAUUGACGUCACGGAAGCGCAGUACGCCAUCAUCGGAAUACAUCUUGUAUCCGCUGUACUGGGUUCCGAGGCCUGGGCCACUAAGUUCCCGCCUUUCAACAUCAGUUUGAACCUGAUGUCCAAUUACGCAGUUGUGCUGAUGACGGCCACCUUAGUAUUCGGCUACGUUAAAGUCAUAAUGAAGGGUGGAGUUGGGAAAAACGGCUCCACAGUUGCAGGGACAAGCAUCUUAUCACCGGUGAUCCCGUUCUCGCUGGUGGUGGUGCCGGCGUUCAUCAUAUUUCAGAAGAGUGAGUCUCACGUGUAUGAGAAUCAUCCGGCCCUUUACAUCCUCGCAUUUGGAAUGGUAGCCGCUAAAGUUACGAAUAGACUUGUGGUGGCUCAUAUGACGAAGAGCGAGAUGGAGUACUACGACUGGUCGCUUCUUGGUCCAGCCAUGCUUUUCUUAAACCAGUACUUCAAUAAUGCGAUACCAGAGUACUACGUACUUUGGCUUUGUACAAUAUGGGUGGUUGCGAAUUUAAUGAGAUAUUGCGGACAGAUAUGUCUCGAGAUAUGCGAUCAUCUCAAGAUCCAUCUGUUCCGCAUUCCCUACCCCCCCGCGCCGCUCAGCAUGCCGACGUCGCCCAAACAUGCUGAACGAAACGCAACGAGCGACAGUGAGAAAUCCGAAACCGAAGACUCAGCGCCUUUGAUAAAUAACAACAGUAUUAGUUUAUAACAACUUAACAUAAUUAUUUAUUAGUUAAAAA